AUGGCGCCCCUCCCGCUCUCCACAGCUGCAGCUACACAACCACCCCCAUCCACAGCACCAGACACCUCCCAACUCCCUCCAAGCAAAAAGCGCAAGACCGCCUCCCCAGGCACGCUACACACCUCUACGAUCCGCACCCAGCACACCUACUUCCAUCUCCGCCUCACCACCAUCCCUCCUCCGACAAAUCCCGCAAACCCGGCCUCAGCAGGACCCAAGGAUCUCGACCCCCUCACCAUACGAAGCCUCCUCACGCCUCCACUACAAGCGUACCUCGGACUCACGGGCGCGGGGAUGCCAAUCGACGUCCUGAAGAGCGAGGGCCGGGAUGUGUGGGUCAGAGUGCACGGGCUGGACGCGAGGGCGUUGCAGGCGGGGAUGGCGGGGUGGGUCGGGAGUGUCGAGGGGGGAUUGGUGCCGGGGCUGGGGGAGGAGGGGAGGGUGAAGGUGAGCUGGAGGGUUGUUGGGAAGGGGGGCCGGCUGGGCCUGGGAGACGGGAGUGAGCUUUUUGGGUGA